AUGUUGUGGAAGAGCUGGGGCGCUGCGCCGCCGCCGCCGCUGCUGCGCAUUGCUCUGCUGCUUCUCGCUGCUGCGGCGCCGCUCUGCUCCGGCGCCGGCGACGUCGUCCUCAGCUUCUCAGCCACCCCGCGCCGCGUCUCCAGGUCCACGUCCGCCGCCUUCGCCUUCCGGGUCCUGCGCGCCACCGGAGGGCCUUGCGCUGACUGCCUCGUCACCUGCCAGUUGGACGGCGAGCCGGCGUCGCCCUGCGGCGGAUCCGGCGGGAGCAACGGGACGACGGCGGCGGCGAGCUACGCGGGGCUCAAGGACGGGAACCACACCUUCACGGCGUGCGCGAGAACCACGUCACCUUCGAAUUCAUCGUCCAGCCCCACCUGCGCCACCUACGCUUGGGAUGUUGACACUGUGCCCCCAACGGCGUCCGUGUCGGCGGGGCCGGCGUUCACGAGCGCGGCCUCCACCGUGUCGGCGCUCGUCUCCUUCUCCGAGCCAUGCCCCGGCCGCGGUGGAUUUGUCUGCAACGCCACCUACUGCAAUCUCAUCGUGUACGGCUCCGGCAGCGUGGACCCGUCGACGCUCCAGGUGCUCAGCCCCGGCCUGCGCUACUCCGUCGCCGUCGCCAUCUCUCCGGACGCGCAGUACGGCCGCCUCAUCCUCGUCAUGGGCAGGGGCUUCUGCACGGACGCCGCCGGACACCCGUUCACCAGGACGCCCAACUCCACCUUCACCCUGCACUUCGAUCGAAGGAGUGACUCCAUGAACAUCACCGCCACCGUUCCCGAGAAGAUGCUCCAGAUACAGGGCGUCACCAGGCUGGUUAAGGCCACCAACGAUGACAACAACUUAAGGAUGUACCUCUCCUUCGCUCAACCGGUGCUCAACUCGUCCGAGCAGAUCCUGAGUGCCCUUACGGCGACCGACGCCGUGCUGACGCCCACCAACAGAAGCACCCUCGGCAAUCGCCGCUUCGGCUAUGUUGUAAACAAGAUGUCUGACACCGUCAUUGUGACUGUUGCCUGCGACACAAGCUCUAUUAUCAGCAGGCAAGGGACUCCGGUGGUUUCAGCAGAGCCAUUCACGUUUCUUUAUGACACACAGAGACCUUGGGUUAAACUCGGCACAUCGACUUGGAGGACCAGCUCUCGUGACAUCUCGGUCCUGAUCAAGUUUGCAAAGCCUGUGUUCAACCUCAGCUCCUCGGCAGUGCAGGUGUCUGGGGGCAAUGUGUUGAGAUUCCAUGAAGCCAGUAAGAGCAUAUACACGCUGCAGAUACAGGCAGUCGAUAAGCUGGUAUCGGUUCAGGUCGCUGAGAACGCAGCCCAGGACGUGGCCGGGAACCCCAACCUAGCAUCAGACCGUCUUCAAGUGAGGCACUAUUCUGUGCCCGCGUCAUCGUCUUGGAUCGCGGCAAUCACCACUGUCAUAUUUCUGACAACUGCUGCUGUUGCCACGCUCCUCACCGUCUCGACUUCGUCUCUCGUCGCUUCCGGAGCUAUCUCGAGGCCCUCUGCCUACAUGAUCUCAGAGCCAUCAAGAAAUGUCCUGAGGAUGGCGUGCCACAUCCAAAUCUUUGCUCUGUCAAGAUGGCUGUCAGUGAACCUGCCAAUCGAGUACUACGAGUUUGCAAAGGGGAUAGAGUGGAGCAUCCCAUACAUGCGUCUUCCAUGGGAAGGCCCUGCCGCAGAUCCAUUCCUGGGAUACUCCACAAUGCCCGCAAUUGCAUACUCGGAGCUGCUCGGCAGGAGCGCCGUUGGCACUGCAAACAUCUCCUAUCCUCGAGCACAAGGUCAGCCGAUGAUGCCGACGCAGAUCAUCCCGUCAGACCCGGUAUUCCCAACGGAGAUCCCUGAAGAUCGGAAACCCACACCGCCGAUGCAAACUCCCAGAGACGCCACGCCGGUGAUGCCAGUGCAGACCCCGUUGCCGCUGGACGGGAUGCCGCUGACUGCAAUGGAGUACCGUUCUUUCUUCGAGAACCCAGACAUGAAGCCUGAGGCACAGAUCAUCAUGAAGCUACAAGAUUUGGAUGGGUGGAAGUACUUCAGCAGAAACAUGUUCUGGCUGGGUGUCAUCGGCGGCGGCCUCAUCCUCCUGCACCUCCUCACUCUCCUCUACUUCAAGUUGAGGUACAGAGACGGGGAGCAGCGGCAGCAUUGCUACGGCGCACUGGUUCUCCCCAGGCUGGAGAUCAUGGUCGUCGUCCUGGCGAUGCCGUGCGUCGCCCAAGCGGCGGCGGCGCUCAUCAGGGGCGGGACCACGUACGGCCUGGUGGUAGGGAUCGUGCUCACCGCCGUCCUGACGUCGUUCCUGGUGGGCCUGCUGCUGUUCCUGUCGCUGGGCAUCACCAUGGGCAGGCUGCUGCAGUACAAGGAGGUGCACCAGGAGGCGCAGGAGUACGACCACUGGUACCAGGAGCUGGUCCGCCGCACGCUGGGCCCUGGCAAGCGUGGGCAGUGGACGUGGAAGGACCCGCGCCGCGCCGCCUGCCUGCUCAAGCUCGGCCCGCUCUUCGAGGACCUGCGCGGCCCGCCCAAGCACAUGCUGACGCAGAUCGCCACGCGCGGCGGCGGAGGCGGCAAGCGCCGCCUUGCAGGCGGUGGACCAGAGCGGAUGAUUGCGUCGGAGGACGAGAACGAUGACUCGGAGGCGCCCUUCAUCCAGAAGCUCUUCGGCGUGCUCCGCAUCUACUUCACACUGCUGGAGUCGGUGAAGCGCGUGGCGGUUGGCAUCGUGGCCGGCGCGCACGCGUCGUCGGGGCGGUCGUCGCGCGCGCACGCCGUGGCGGUGCUGUCCGUCGCCUCGUUCCAGCUCUUCUUCAUGCUGCUCAAGAAGCCCUUCAUCAAGAAGCGGGUGCAGCUGGUGGAGAUCCUGUCGGUGGCCAGCGAGGUGGCCGUGUUCGCGGCGUGCCUUGCGCUGAUCGACAGGACGGCUGCCAGCGGCGGCGGGUGGCUGCCCGACGGCGAGGCGCGCGGCGUGGGGCUGGCGAUGCUGGGCGCCUUCGUGUUGGGGUUCGCGGCGCAGGUGUGCAACGAGUGGAACGCGCUGUACCGGCAGGUGCGGCUGCUGAGCGCCGACCGGAGCUCGUUCCUGGACGGCGCCAAGACGGCGUGCCUGGGCCUGCUGCUGCUCGUGCUGCCGUCGUCGGUCCUCGGCAAGCGGGUGGCGGUGAAGAACCAGCAGGACCCGCCACCUCCGGACGGCGGUGGAGCCGCGGAGAGCGUGUCGGCGUCGACGGCGGCCGACGGGGGCAGGGGCGGGAUUGGGAGCGAGGGUUCCCGGGGCUCGAGGGGCUCCAAUAACGAGCGGUGGUGGCUUCGGCAGCUGCGGGAGAUGGCGAAGGCCAGCUUCAGCAAGGAGGGCAAUGCGGUCCCGGCCGGCGGCGGCGGGGAGGAGGCGUCGACCAGCGGCAGCAAGGCGAGGAGUGGGGAGUGGAAGUCCAAGUCCAAGAGCCUCUACAACGAUCUCGAGGCCAUCUUCUCCAACACCAGCAGGUGA